AAUCACAGGACGUGCUGGGACUGAGAAUAUGUUAAGAUUGUAAUUAUAUUUCCAGCUGAUCGUCAAUAUGUCCUGUAUCAGAAUAUUACCAGUUAUUGCAUUAUUUUUAAUUCAAUACACGAUUCAGUCGGAGUUAGACCGUGAUGAUGAUUUAGCAAUGAUCGUGGUGAAGCCUCCAGCACUACGAACCAAUGAUUAUGUUACUGUAGAUGCAGUCUAUCCUACGAUGGAAGCGCUUCGAAACCGCAAAAAAACAAAUAAAAGAGGCAGAAGACCGACUCACAAGAAUUUGCCUCGGCAUCAAAAUCAAAAUAACUUACCUGACACACCUAGCAUCCCAGACGAUACCGUCGUUGUCCUCUUAUUCUCGAACCACAUCGUAGACAACAUGUCCGGUGGCUAUAUAAACUUUGCCGGUACAACCUCAGUCGACGUUAAACAAACGGAUCAAAGUAAAAAACUAAGCUACGGCGGGGAGGGAAAGGCUACGAAAGUUGCAAAUGUGAUAGGAUUGAUUCAAAAACUUUUUUCUCAAUAAAUAAUUAUUUUAUUA